AUUUGUAUCCAUUUCUAUUUUAUUAAUUGUUGCAAUUAAGUUUAGGUUUUAAAAGUUAAUUCAAUUGUGACAGUUUUCCUUCUUCUAGGAUCUGGUCAACAUAUUAACACAAUAUUAUAAUCGAAUUCUUUUUUUUCUCUCUCGAUCAUGACUCUGGAAAUACCAACAGCAUUAAAAAGAUUGGUCAGAUAUGUGAUGAGAGGUUUUUACUCAAUUGAACAAACGCUAAUUGUUGACCUGAUGAUACGUAAAUUGACAAUUAAAGAGGAAGAUAUUGAAAACCUGAUGAAAUUUGAGAAGAAGCAGUUAAGAGCUAUAAUGGCCGGUUUAAAGAAUGAUAAACUAAUCAAAUCUAAAUUACGUCUUGAAACUGGGCCUGAUGGUAAAGCCAUUCGACAAACCUAUUAUUUUAUCAACUAUAGAGGAUUUGUUAAUGUUGUUAAAUAUAAAUUAGAUUUUAUGAGGAGAAAAAUUGAAACGGAGGAACGUGAUUCAACCAAGAGAUCAUCGUUUGUUUGUGUUAAUUGUAAGAAAACUUUCACCGAUUUGGAAGCAGAUCAACUUUAUGAGCCGGUUUCAAAUGAAUUCAAAUGUUCCUAUUGUGGUGAAGUGGUUGAAGAAGAUCCCGAUGUUUUACCCAAAGCCGAUUCUAGACUGAUGUUAGCCAAAUUUAAUGAACAAAUGGAACCUUUGUAUCUUUUAUUGAAAGAAGUUGAAGAUAUUAAAAUACCUUCAGAUCUUCUUGAACCUGAUCUUGUUGAAGUAAAUGGAUCAACAAUUAAGGUGACAAGUGAUGGUUUUGACGGAAUGGACAAAUGGAGGACCAAAGAUAAAUCUCAAUUUGAUGCUGUUAUGAUUAGAGAGACAAGUAUUAAAGUUGAAAAGGAUGGUGAGAACAUUGAAGAAACUGUCAAAAAGGAGCAACCACCCUGGUUAGCUGAUACAUCUAUUAGUGUUUUACCUUCAAUGUCCGAUAUAACAAUUAGUAAACAAUCAAAUGAUUUGAUAAAAGAAACAUCAACAAAGGUUAACGAUAAUGGUAAUGGUUAUAGUAAAGAAGUUCUUGAAGCUCUCCUGGUUCAUGAGAAAUUAGAAAAUUCCAAUGAUGCUACAAUGUCCAUAUUAACAUCAACUAAUAAUACCAAUGAUUGGGGAACCGAUGGAUUACAUGAUGACGAUGAUCAUCAUCAUAAUCAUCUUUCUGAUAACAAUUUACUGGAUAAUGUAAAGGAUGAACUGAUGGGUGAAGAUGAAGAUGAAGAGGAGGAAGACCUUGAAAAUACCUGUGAACCCAUGAUCAGAAUUGGAGGAACUUUAAUACCCUUGAAUCAAGUUAACGAUAAUACAAUUCACUCAAUGAAUCAAAUGGAAAGAGAUGAAUAUAUUAAAUUAACUCAAGAAGUUUACGGUCACCUUUACGAUUAACUAAUCAUCAUAAUCGAAACACACAAAACAAAAACAUCAAAACGAGAGAAAACAAAUUAUCUUUAUUUAUAUUCAUUCACUAGGAAAACAAUUGAUUUCUUUUCUUUUUAUAUACAUAUAUACAUAAGUGCAAAAAUCGACAAUGUCCCUAUACUACCUGUAUUUGUAUUUUCUACCUGUUAAUUAAAAUUUAAUUGUCUCAAUA